AUGGCUCACCUCCAUGACCAUCUCUCCCGGCACGACGAAUCCGCCGCCAUCUUCUCCCCCUCCGUUGCCCGCAUUGCUGCCUCCACCGCCCGCGACUGGUCCCACGUCGAGUCCUGGCUCGCUUCAAAGUUCCCACCUGGCCGGGCUCUGCCAUCUUUUGAACGCAACCAGGACACUCUCAAGGCCCUCCUCGUCCUCGCCACGGCCAACGAGGCUGCCGACGAGCAACGCCAACUCCUGGCCCGCGCCGAUGCUUCAGCCUUGGCUGAGAACCGCGGCCGUGCAUCUACCGGAUCUAAACCGGAUAAUCAUGCUUUGCGGCCCCAUCUCUUGAGAGAAGACCUACUCACCCUGAUCCAACGUCAGCUCCCCCACGAGGGCACAAAUGCACUCGACUGUCUUGCCAAAGUGGCCGUCCAGGCUAGGACCGCCUUCGCAGAGCCCCAACGUCUCGGCUGCGACAUUAUGAGCUUGCAAGGCACCCUCUUUGAGCUGGAACAGAUGGUUGCCCGUCUCGACUCGCUUGAGCGCCAAAUCCAACUUGAAGCCGAGCAGACUGCCAGUCUCCUGCGCAUGUGGCAACGCGAUUCCUUCAGGCCUCCUCCCGAUUCGGCAAAGGAGAAUCUGGACCUGCAACGCAAGAUCAAGUCCAUGUCUAGUCAUCUUGACAAUCUGCGAGAUCAUGCUGCCGCCAAGAUGCCUCCCGUCAAUGCCUCGCACCCCACCAUCGGCGACGUUUCCCUCCAAGAAAAGGACUUGCUAGCCCUCUUGUCAUGCAAAAAAGAGCUCGAUGCGCAAAUUGCCGCCUUUGAGGGUCUUCCGAAUGAUCCCAUCAAGGCCCGAAGUGAGCUGGAUGCUCUCCGCCGUCAGCUCCAAACCUUUUCUUCGCAUCGUGACGCUGUCUUUGAGGGCCUAGUCGAGCGCGAAAGCCCGGUCAGACGGCGCUGA